AUGGUCAAGCAAUUGAGUCAUACGGUAAAGCGACCAGGCAGGCUCCUCGGAGACCCUGAUGUAGAGAUUCCGGUUGCCGAAGAUUUGGCCUCAGUCCCCGGUGUUCCGCAGAACCCGGUGGAUGUGGCUUUCUAUAGCAGGGAGUAUCCGCUGGAGACACAGACCAUCGAGAAGUCCGCCGAUCGGCAGUGGGCAUUGGCGACGCAGUCGAAGGACUUCGACGAAUUCAGAGAGGGGCAUGACGAGCCGCAUGAAGCCGAUGUUCGAGGCUGCGCUGGUUUCCGGCGAGGUCGAGCCUACGGGGACGCCCGUGCCCGGCGAGGACCUCACGGACGACAUCCGACGGCUGGCGCGCGAGAUGGGCUUCGGCGAGGUGGGAUUCACCCGGUACGAUCGGCGCUACACUUCGCCGGCAAGAAGCGCUGGGCGAAGUACGAACAUGCCAUUUGCCUGGCGCUGGAGCAGGACUACGUUGGAACGCAGACCGGUCCAAGCCCAGAGUCCGAUAUUGCGCGCUUUGAGACCUACGAGGUCGAGCAGGAGCUCUGCCUGAAGAUGUGCGACUACCUGAGGUCGAGAGGCUACCACGCGCAGGUUCACGAUGGCAGCGAUUGCAGUGGGCCGUACAUUCCCCUGUUCGUUGCGGCCGGACUGGGGCAGCUCGGCGCUAACGGGCAACUCCUGUCGCCGCAUUUCGGCUCGCGGUCGCGGCUGAUGCUUGUAACGACCGACGCGCCACUGACCUACGACAAGCCUGUUGACUACGGCAUCCAUAAGUUCUGCCAGCAGUGCCAGGUGUGCGUCAAUCGGUGCCCGGGGCGAGCGAUUCCACGAGACAAGGUCUGGUGGAGAGGAGUCGAGCGGAACAAGCUCAUAUACGACCGCUGCCGCCCUGUGAUGGUUACAUAUCACGGCUGCGCGGUUUGCAUGAUUGUCUGUCCGAUCCAGCGGUAUGGGAUGAAGCCGGUGAUGGAGCAUUAUGUGGGGACUGGGGAGGUGCUUGGCAAGGGCAGCGAGAACCUGGAGGGAUACUCACUCAAGGGGAAGGGGUACUUCGGUGCCGGCGAGCUGCCGCAGUUCAGUCGGGACUUCUUCGAGAUCCCACAGGGCCGCGAGGAAGACUGGCUGUUCGAGAAGUUCAAGGAGCGGCUGAACGCGACCGGCGUGCCCAGCGAAUCCGAGCUUGUGGACUUUGCGAACGAUGUCAUGGAGGUCCUGGAGAAAGGAGAGACGACCUUCGAUGUAGCCUAA